UGUGUGUGUUUCGCGAGGGUCCAGGUCGCGGUCCGGGGCGGAGGCGCCGCGGACCACGAGCUGGGCGGCAAAGGCUGCUUUGUUGCGGAGACUCGGCGGGGAGGGCGCGCUUGUGAGGGGCGGGAGGGGGGAACAUGGCGGCCCCUAGGCCGGGCCAGGACCCUCCGCACCUGGUGCUGGCGCGGUCCCCUCCCCCGGCUUUGCUCACCGAUUUACUGCAUUUCUAGAACCUUGUUUUUCCUUUGGUUCCCUUUCCCUCAGCCUUCCUUGUGCCUUCAUCGGCUCUCCCGCCCCAGCCCCUCACCGGGCAGAAGCGUGGGAGGUGGAUUAAGUGGGAGCAGGUGAGACCCGUCCGCUACCGAGAGAUCGACUCCUACGUUUGACUGUCCGUUGCUCACAAACUCUUUAUCAGUCAGCGCGGGGUGGCAGGAGAAGCACUGAACAUGCAGUGUUGACGUUCAAGCCAGAUGCAAGCCAGAUUUCUAGUGCUGGUGAUUCCUCUCAGUGAUCCCGUGAAAUGUCACUUAAGUUAUCUGGCCGUCAGUCUCCUCAAAAUUGAGUGCAAAUUCUAGAGACAUCCUGCCUCCUCAGGAGCCUACACUGCCAGGCAGCAGAAUUGUGAACUAGAGUGAAGCAGAAAUCUAGGAAUAUGAGCUCCAUGAUGGCCAUGGGUGAACCAAGGCUGAACUGGGAUGUUUCCCCCAAAAAUGGCCUUAAGACAUUUUUCUCUCGAGAUAAUUAUAAAGAUCAUUCCAUGGCUCCAAGUUUAAAAGAACUAUGUAUUUUAUCUAGCAGACGUAUAGGAGAAAAUCUGAAUGCCUCAGCAAGUUCUGUAGAUACUGAGCCGGCAGUUAGUUCAGCAACUCAAGCAAAGGAAAAAGUGAAAACCACAGUUGGAAUGGUUCUUCUUCCAAAACCAAGAGUUCCGUAUCCUCGUUUCUCUCGUUUCUCACAGAGAGAACAGAGGAAUUAUGUGGAUUUGUUGGUUAAAUAUGCAAAAAUCCCUGCGAGUUCCAAAGCUGUUGGAAUAAAUAAAAAUGACUACUUGCAGUACUUGGAUAUGAAAAAGCACGUGAAUGAAGAAGUUACAGAAUUCCUAAAAUUUUUGCAGAAUUCUGCAAAGAAAUGUGCACAGGAUUAUAAUAUGCUUUCUGAUAACGCUCGUCUCUUCACAGAGCAAAUUUUAAAAGCUUGUAUUGAACAAGUGAAAAAGUAUCCAGAAUUCUAUACUCUCCAUGAAGUCACCAGCUUAAUGGGAUUCUUCCCAUUCAGAAUAGAGAUGGGAUUAAAGUUAGAAAAAACUCUUCUCGCAUUGGGCAGUGUAAAAUAUGUGAAAACAGUAUUUCCCUCAAUGCCUGCAAAGUUGCAGCUGUCAAAAGAUAACAUACCUACCACUGAAACACCAGAACAAACAGCUGCAGCUAUGCAUUAUGACAUUAGUAAAGACUCAAAUGCAGAGAAGCUUGUUGCAAGAUAUCACCCUCAGAUAGCUCUAACUAGUCAAGCAUUAUUUACCUUAUUAAAUAAUCAUGGACCAAGCUACAAGGAACAGUGGGAAAUUCCAGUGUGUAUUCAAGUAAUACCUGUCGCAGGUUCAAAACCAGUUAAAGUAAUUUAUAUUAAUUCACCACUUCCCCAAAAGAAAAUGACAAUGAGAGAGAGAAAUCAAAUCUUCCAUGAAGUUCCCUUAAAAUUCAUGAUGUCCAAAAACACAACUGUUCCAGUCUCUGCAGUAUUUAUGGACAAACCAGAAGAUUAUAUAUCUGAAAUGGAUAUGUCUUAUGAAGUUAAUGAGUGCCGAAAAAUUGAGACCCAUGAAAAUUUGGAUCUGGAUUUUGAUGAUGACGUCACAGAACUUGAAACUUUUGGAGUAACCACCACCAAACCAUCAAAGUCACCGAGUCCAGCAAGUACUUCCAUAGUACCCAACAUGACAGAUAUGCCCACAGCCCCCAGCAUAGCAAUCGCAUCUGAGGCACCAACUGCACCAGACAUUACUGCUCAUUCUAGAAGUUUAUCUCAGAUUCUGAUGGAACAGCUGCAGAAGGAGAAACAGCUGGUGACUGGUAUGGACAAUGGCCCUGAAGAGUGCAAAAAUAAAGACGAUCAGGGAUUUAUCCCCUGUGGUGAAAAUGUAUCAAAUUCUGAGAAGUCUUUGGUACAAGAUAGUGACUUGAAAACAUCUGAGGCCUUACAAUUAGAAAGUUCUUCAGAAAUUGAAACCUCUAAUAAAAAUGAUAUGGAUUCUGAUAUGGAGUGUGUUGAUGAAAGAGUGAAUGUUCCAGAGAACACAGACAAUAAUUCAAAGGAAAAGGCUGUUACAUCGGAAGCAGCUAAAACUGAAGAUGUAAUUCUUUGCCAUAGUGAUACAGAUGAAGACUGUUUAAUCAUUGAUACAGAGUGUCAAAAUAAUAGUAAUGGAAAGGCAGCUGAUAUGGGUUCUAAUUUAAGUUCUAAACCAGCUAGCCUAGAUUCUUCCUCAGGACAGGCUUCUGUAGGAAACCAGACUAAUACUACUUGUAGUCCUGAAGAGUCAUGUGUUUUAAAAAAACCUAUCAAACGAGUGUAUAAAAAAUUUGAUCCAGUUGGAGAAAUUUUAAAAAUGCAGGAUGAACUCUUAAAACCAAUUUCCAGAAAAAUACCUGAAAUGCCGUUGAUGAAUUCAGAAAAUUCUAAACAACCUCCUAGUUCUGAGCAACCCUCUGCUACUUCAGAUGCCUCUAGUUGGCCAAAAUCUAUAUGGCCUUCUGCGUUUCAGAAGCCAAAAGGACGAUUGCCAUAUGAACUUCAGGACUAUGUUGAAGAUACAUCAGAAUAUGUAGCUCCUCAGGAAGGAAAUUUUGUUUACAAGCUAUUUAGCCUACAAGACCUGUUGUUACUUGUGCGAUGCAGUGUCCAGAGGAUAGAGACCAGACCACGUUCUAAAAAACGGAAGAAAAUCAGAAGACAAUUUCCAGUUUACGUACUACCAAAAGUGGAGUAUCAAGCUUGUUAUGGAGUUGAAGCUCUGACUGAAAGUGAACUUUGUCGCUUAUGGACUGAAAGCUUAUUGCAUUCCAACUGCUCAUUUUAUGUUGGACAUAUUGAUACAUUUACUUCAAAGCUUUUCCUGCUAGAAGAAAUCACCUCAGAAGAAUUAAAAGAAAGACUUUCAGCACUCAAGAUAUCAAGUUUAUUUAACAUCCUUCAACACAUUCUAAGAAAAUUAAGUAGCUUGCAGGAGGGCUCCUACUUGUUGUCUCACGCAGCAGAAGAUUCUUCACUCCUGAUCUACAAGACCUCUGAUGGAAAAGUUACUAGGACAGCGUACAAUUUGCAUAAAACACAUUACAGCCUUCCUGGUGUGCCUUCCAGUCUCUCAGUUCCCUGGGUCCCGUUAGACCCCAGUCUCUUAUUACCAUAUCAUAUCCAUCAUGGAAGAAUACCUUGUACUUUUCCACCUAAAUCACUAGGUCCCACAACACAACAAAAGAUUGGUGGAACAAGAAUGCCUACCCGCAGCCGCAGGAAUUCAGUUUCCAUGGAAACCAAAAGUCUGCCUGCUCAGCAAGUUGAAAAUGAAGGAGUGGCUCCAAGUAAAAGAAAAAUAACUUAAGGACUGUACCAUGGAAAACGAAGAAAAACCAGUUAUCACAACAUUCAAUUUAGAAAAGUUUGAGGGGAAAUAUACCUGAAAGAUCUGUAGGCAAGAGGAAUGUUUUUCUUUUACUGUUCUUGAGAGUUUUUAUAGUGCCUUGAAAAUACACAUUGACUGUGUGAAGCAGUGUUCCAACUAAAAUGGAAUGUUGUGCUCUUAACACCUGAUGUUUGAGGAGGCUCCAGAUUGGCAGGGAAAUAAAGAGAGAAGAAAAUAUUUUUAUAGUAGACUUUUUGCAAAAAGUUGUAAGUAGGAAAAUAAUUUGCUUUUUUUCAAGAGCAAUAUUUAUCAUUAUGUAUUAUGUUAAUAAUUUGAGUUGUAUUGCCGGUCUGUUGAGGUUGGCUCAAAAGGUUAAAUCUUGCCUCUGUCAGAGAUAAUUUUGAGCUACAUAAACCUUAUUUCUGACCCAUCUGACAGUUUUUAUAGACUACUUUAAAAUGAUGAUUGUUGCAGGUUAAUGAAGUUAAUAUCUUUAAAAACUUGGAGAAAUUCCAUUGCAGAAGCCAAAAAAGGAAAAUAAAAAAUAAAAAACUCUCUGCCUCUGAAAAUUCACAAGUAAGUUAACAGUUUUUUGUUGGGCAAUCAUCAGUUUGUUUAAAAAAAAAAACUCGUGGUGUGACAGGUUCGGUGACGAAUGCCUCUAUCUCUUGGCACAAAUCCUGGCUAAGUGUUGAAACACACUACUAAAAGCAAAGAGGUGAGUAUAGUUUCCAGAAAAAUCUCACAUUUCAACCAACAAGGCUAAUGUGUGGUAAAACGGAAGGUAUUUUCCUUCAUCUACACUGAUUCAUUUAAAUUUUUCAGGACCGUGGAGAUGAAUUUGGAAAAGGGCAUGAUCAGUUGAUGUUAUUAUAGCCAAUAAUAAGAAGGGAUGUACUUAAGAAGGGAUGGACUUAUUUAACUUUUGUAUUCCUCU